CCCCCCGGAAAUAGUAGAAAACGAAGAUGAAGAAUUUGUAAACGAAAUAAAUCGAGUGAAUGACCUAUAUUUUGGAAACUUGUCAAACACAUCGGAUGUCGACCCAGAAUAUCACUCUGAUAACGCAGAGAGCUCUGACGAAAAUGAAAGCGAUGGAGAAAUAGAAGAUCGAGAAAAUUUAGUACCAAUAGAGCAGAGUGAGGUAGAUAAGAAUGAAAUUGACCAAUUUCAAAAGUUUAAUUCUAAAACAUGCGGUUGUUCUCGACUCUACGGAAAACCAUGUAGUGAGGUCGUCGAUUUAGAAUCUUUGCUUGAAUACAGAAACACGUGCCUGGAAAUGAACAAGGAGGAACUAGAUAUGAUGAUCAAAGUGCAAUUAUUUCACCAUCGGCGAAAUGACAAAGUUACUAGUGCAAAGAAACAUAGAUCAAAAGAAAGGGAGAGAAUUAGACAAGAAUAUUUUUUUAAUGGACAUCAAGUGUGUAGAGAAACAUUUGCGUUUUGCCAUGGAGUUUAUAGGAAGACGGUGGACGCGCUUGCUCGUUCCCUUGAUAAGGAUGGACUCGCUCCUAGAAUUCAUGGAAACAUUGGUAAACAUCCAAAGCAUGCCCUCACUGUAAAUGAUGUUCAAUCUGUAAAAGAUUUUCUAACAUCUUAUGGAAACAAGUUUGGUUUACCAUUACCAGGAAGACUGCCAAACUACAGAGAUUGUAGAGCUAUAGUGUUGCCCUCUGAUAAGACCAAGGCUGAUAUACAUCAGGACUAUUUGUUAGCUGCAGAGAGUCUACAUUUGAGAAAGAUAUGUUUGUCAGAAUUUAAAAGAGUUUGGCUGAAUACAUGUCCACAUGUUCUAAUUAGCAAGCCUUCAACAGACCUAUGUUAUAAAUGCCAAUCCUAUGUGAAUAUCCUGAUUCAUGGUGGCAAUAUGACAGAAGAGGAAAAGGAGCAACAUCUUGAGAAAUACACAGCUCAUGUUAAAAAAUCAAAGAUGCAGAGGGAUUAUUACAGAAGGCAAUGUGAAGUUUCUAAAACUAGCUUUUCUGCUCUUCCAAAUGAGAGAAAAACCAGAGGUCAGCCCAUCUGUUCUUUGGAGGGAACUCAACAUUACAGUUUUGAUUAUGCCCAGCAAAUACAUUAUCCACAUUAUGCGCAACAGGUUGGUCCUUUGUUCUUCAAAACCCCACAGAAAUGCCAGUGUUUUGGAAUCUGUUCAGAGGGUUCAGGAUCACAGAUAUUUUACUUGAUUGAUGAGUCUCAGCAUUCUGGAAAGGGGGCAAACUCUGUUGCCAGUAUGAUUCACCACCAUUUUCAACAUAAAGGUUAUGGAGAAAUGAAUUUACAACUCCAUAUGGACAACUGCACUGGUCAAAAUAAAAACAACACUGUUAUUGGAUAUGGGAUGUGGCGAGUUAUGACCGGCAGACAUAUGACCAUUGAGUUUUCUCUGAUGGAGGCAGGCCAUACAAAGUUUCAUCCCGACUGGCAUUUUGGGCUCUGGAAGGUGAAAUGGCGAGGAACAACUGCAGAGAAUCUAGAGGAAGUGGCCAAAUCUGUUGCUCAUUCAUCUAGGAAUAACCAUAAUAUUCCCCAGCUUGUAGAGGAUCCCCAGUAUCCAGUCAUUUUCUAUGACUGGAGCACGUUUCUCAAGCAGUACUUCAAGCCAAUACCUCAACUCAAGCAGUAUCAUCAUUUUCGCAUGACACAUGAACAUCCUGGAGUAGUCCAUCUACGAAAGUAUGCUGGAGAUGAAGAAAUUACUGUCAACAUCCUGAAACACAAAGAUUUCAGGUUUCCAAACAUGGAUGCCUCUCUUCCAACUGUUAUUAAAGUAUGUGGCCUUGCCGCACAGCGACAGUGGUAUUUAUACGACGAGGUGGCCCCAUACUGUGCCAGUCAUGAGGCAUGUCCCCGCCCAAGUGUACCAAAACCAUCAGCCAUAAAAGUUGAACAGAAAGUGAAAUUAGGAAAGAGAAAAUGUGCAAAUUAACAUUGUAACAAAUCAAUGUAAUUUACAUGCUGUCAUGGAUGUCAAGAGUUUGAUUUUAUCUAGUUCUUAAAACUGUUAUAUUCUGUUGUAUUAAUUUGAUCAAACAAUAUGUGUUUCAGAAUGAAAUGACAUCUAUUUCAAAUUGUGUUACUUCAUUGCUUUAAUGUAACUUUAAUGUCGCAGAAAUCACCAAUAUCAGAUAAAGCAAGAUGUGUUCAUGAAACACUAUGUACCCAGUGGUCCCUAAUUUUGAAAAAACUAUUUUUAGUAUAUAGGUCACAGUCAAGGUCACAAGGUCAUUAACCUUGGUGUCAUUUGAAAAAACUUAAUUUAGUGGAGUACGCAUAGAAAGUAUGAAGUUUCUAUCUCGUAUUGUUAAAGAUGUAUUGCAAAGGUUCAAAAAGACUAUUUUUAGCAAAUACAAGUAGGUCACAGUCAAGGUCACAAGGUCAUUGACCUUGGUGUCAUUUGAAAGAGCUUGGCUACUGGAAUAUGCAUACCAAAUAUGAGGUUUCUAUCUCUCAUGGUUCAAAAGUUAUGGCAAAGGUUAAUAUUUAAAGAUAGACAGGACAAAAUCAGUAUGCGCCCCUGAUUUACCGAUCCGGGCGCAUAACAACCAAUUAGUAAAGUCCAAUUUUCUUGACAAUGAAUAGGGAUAUCAA